AUGGGCUCCCAGAGAGCGGUUGCAGCAGCCCGAGGUGCAGAAGUGGACACCCCACGGUCCACCGACUCGCCCAGCCCCGCUCUGCAGCAGGCAACACUCCGCCUAUCGCAGCGUUGUCGCCCUCUGCCCGUCCCCCACAGCCGCCCCUUCGAGGGCGGAAGUAUAAGGCGUCUGGCGAAUCUGCAGAGCCCUGAGAAGGUAUCCAAGGGCGAUGGCAUGCGCGGGCUCGCCGUGUUCAUCUCCGACAUCCGGAACUGCAAGAGCAAAGAGGCUGAGAUCAAGAGGAUCAACAAGGAACUGGCCAACAUCCGCUCCAAGUUCAAAGGGGACAAGGCCUUGGAUGGCUACAGUAAGAAGAAGUAUGUGUGUAAGCUGCUCUUCAUCUUCCUGCUUGGCCAUGACAUUGACUUUGGACACAUGGAGGCUGUGAAUCUGCUAAGCUCCAACAAAUACACAGAGAAGCAGAUAGGGUACCUGUUCAUCUCAGUCCUGGUGAACUCGAACUCAGAGCUGAUCCGGCUCAUCAACAACGCCAUCAAGAAUGACCUGGCCAGCCGCAACCCCACCUUCAUGUGCCUGGCUUUGCACUGUAUCGCCAACGUGGGCAGCCGUGAGAUGGGCGAGGCCUUUGCCGCUGACAUUCCCCGAAUCCUGGUGGCUGGAGAUAGCAUGGACAGUGUGAAGCAAAGUGCAGCCCUGUGCCUACUUCGUCUCUACAAGGCCUCCCCUGACCUGGUGCCCAUGGGCGAGUGGACAGCACGUGUGGUGCACUUGCUCAAUGAUCAACACAUGGGAGUAGUCACGGCUGCUGUCAGCCUUAUCACCUGUCUCUGUAAGAAGAAUCCAGAUGACUUCAAGACCUGCAUUUCCCUGGCCGUGUCACGCCUGAGCCGGAUUGUCUCCUCUGCCUCCACUGACCUCCAGGACUAUACCUAUUACUUCGUCCCUGCUCCCUGGCUCUCUGUGAAGCUGCUGCGGCUGCUGCAGUGCUACCCACCGCCAGAGGACGCAGCUGUGAAAGGGCGGCUGGUGGAGUGUCUCGAGACCGUGCUCAAUAAAGCCCAGGAACCCCCCAAGUCCAAGAAGGUGCAGCACUCCAACGCCAAGAACGCUAUCCUCUUUGAGACCAUUAGCCUCAUCAUCCACUAUGACAGUGAGCCCAACCUCCUGGUCCGUGCCUGUAACCAGCUGGGCCAGUUCCUGCAGCACCGGGAGACGAACCUGCGAUACCUGGCCCUGGAGAGCAUGUGCACACUGGCCAGCUCUGAGUUCUCCCAUGAAGCUGUCAAGACUCACAUUGAUACCGUCAUUAAUGCCCUCAAGACGGAGCGGGAUGUCAGUGUGAGGCAGAGAGCAGCUGACCUCCUGUAUGCCAUGUGUGACCGGAGCAAUGCCAAGCAAAUUGUGUCAGAAAUGCUGCGGUACCUGGAGACUGCUGACUAUGCCAUCCGAGAGGAGAUCGUGCUGAAGGUGGCCAUCCUGGCUGAGAAGUACGCAGUGGACUAUAGCUGGUAUGUGGACACCAUCCUCAACCUCAUCCGCAUCGCAGGCGACUAUGUGAGCGAGGAGGUGUGGUACCGAGUGCUGCAGAUUGUCACCAACCGUGAUGAUGUCCAGGGUUAUGCUGCCAAGACAGUGUUUGAGGCCCUCCAGGCCCCAGCCUGUCAUGAAAACAUGGUGAAGGUCGGUGGCUACAUCCUUGGGGAGUUUGGGAAUUUGAUUGCUGGGGACCCACGCUCCAGCCCACCUGUGCAGUUCUCACUGCUGCACUCCAAGUUCCACCUGUGCAGCGUGGCCACUCGCGCCCUGCUGUUGUCCACAUAUAUCAAGUUCAUCAACCUCUUCCCUGAGACCAAGGCCACUAUCCAAGGAGUUCUGCGUGCCGGCUCCCAGCUGCGCAAUGCCGAUGUGGAGCUACAGCAGCGGGCAGUGGAGUACCUCACCCUCAGCUCUGUAGCCAGCACCGAUGUUCUGGCUACUGUACUAGAAGAAAUGCCCCCAUUUCCUGAGCGCGAGUCAUCCAUUCUGGCCAAGCUGAAGCGCAAGAAGGGCCCUGGGGCAGCCAGUGCCCUGGAUGACAGCCGUAGGGACACCAGCAACAGUGACAUCAAUGGGGGUGUGGAGCCCACCCCCAGUACCGUGUCGACACCCUCACCCUCCGCGGACCUCUUGGGGCUGCGGGCAGCCCCUCCCCCUGCUGCACCUCCAGUCCCUGUAGGUGGGAACCUCCUGGUGGAUGUCUUCUCUGAUGGUCCCACGGCACAGCCCAGCCUGGGACCCACCCCUGAGGAGGCCUUCCUCAGCCCAGGUCCUGAAGACAUAGGCCCUCCCAUCCCAGAAGCAGAUGAACUGCUGAAUAAGUUCGUGUGUAAGAACAGUGGGGUCUUGUUUGAGAACCAGCUGCUGCAGAUUGGAGUCAAGUCCGAGUUCCGACAGAACCUGGGCCGAAUGUAUCUCUUCUAUGGCAACAAGACUUCUGUGCAGUUCCAGAGCUUCUCGCCUACCGUGGUCCACCCCGGAGACCUCCAAAAUCAGCUGGCGGUGCAGACGAAGCGUGUAGCUGCACAAGUGGACGGUGGUGCACAGGUGCAGCAGGUGCUCAACAUUGAGUGUCUGCGAGACUUCUUGACGCCACCGUUACUGUCGGUGCGCUUCCGGUACGGUGGCACUGCCCAGUCCCUCACUCUGAAGCUCCCAGUGACCAUCAACAAAUUCUUCCAGCCUACAGAGAUGGCCGCCCAAGACUUUUUCCAGCGCUGGAAGCAGCUGAGCCUACCGCUGCAGGAAGCACAGAAAAUCUUCAAAGCCAACCACCCCAUGGAUGCUGAAGUUACUAAGGCCAAGCUUCUGGGGUUUGGCUCUGCUCUUCUGGACAAUGUGGACCCCAACCCUGAGAACUUCGUGGGUGCUGGAAUCAUCCAGACGAAAGCCCUGCAGGUGGGGUGUCUGCUUCGGCUGGAGCCCAAUGUCCAGGCCCAAAUGUACCGCCUGACCCUGCGCACCAGCAAAGAGCCUGUCUCCCGUCACUUGUGUGAGCUGCUGGCCCAGCAGUUCUGAGCCCUGGACUUGCCCUGGGAUGUGGCCAGUGCCAGGCAGCCCUGGGAUGGAGGCAGCUGUGGUGGAGGGGGCAGCGAGGAGACCUCCAGUGGUGACAGCAAAGACCCCAGGGAUGGGGGCAUGCCUGGGAGCUUCCUCUGGCCUUUUGUAUUUUUAUUUUUGUUCAUCUGCUGCUGUUUACAUUCUGGGGGGGCCAAGGGAAGCACCCUCCCUCCCUUGUCCCCCAGAGCACAGAGGGGAGAGGGUCCGGGGAAGUCGGUACCUCCUCCCCUCCCCCCAUUGUCGCCCUCCCUCCCUUUCCCCAUCUGGGGCCGUGUAUUAUUGUGAGCGAAUAAACAGAGAGACGCUAA